AUGUCAGCAACAGACAACAGCCAGCCGACAGUCACAAGCUCCCCAGAGUUGGUUGGCGACUCGAUAAACUACCUUUCUAAAAAAUCACAAACUUACUUUUCUCGAGAGGAAAUUCAACAAUUCUUGAAAUUUCAUAAUAACGAGUCUUCGCGAGGAAGCAGUAAUAUUGCUAUUCGGUCGCAAUGGAUUGACUUUAUUAACACAGUUGGACGAAAACUUGGGUUCCCACAAAGCACCAUAUGUACAGCCCAAGUCUUAUACAAUCGAUUCUUUCUCUUUCACUCGACAAAAGAAUAUCCUCCAAAUGAUAUUAGCUCAGCGUGUCUUUUCGCAGCGAUGAAAUUUGAGGAAACACAUAAGAAACUAAAAGACAUUGUAGCAGCUGUGCAGUCAGUUAGGCAUCCAAAUAGCAGUGAACCUAGUGAUCAAUUGGUGGAGGAACAAAGGAAAAAAAUGGUCGGUUAUGAACGAUUGAUAUUGGAGUCGAUAUGUUUUGACUUUAAAGUACAAGAUCCAUAUAAAUACAUAAUCAAAUUCACAAAGAAAUUAGAAGGUCAGAAAGUGGUCGCAGAGAAAGCAUGGAAAAUAUGCAGCGAUAGUUAUAAAACGACUUUGUGUUUAAGGUUCCCGCCACAUACUAUCGCUGCGGCUUCUAUAUACCUAGCUGCCCACUUUUUGGGUAAGAAGGACUUUUUGUUUUCGUCAAACGCCGAUGGUCAACCAUGGUAUAAAAUAUGUUUAUCCCGAAUCGAGGAUAUCGAAGACUCGUCUUCAGCAGACGCUUGGAAGGUUUCUUCUAGUGGAUAUGAAACCGUGCGAUAUAUUUUUACGCCGGAUGCCUCGGACACACCUUU